AGAUACUCGAGUGUUACGUACCGUACUCAAUUAUUUUCCCAUAGCUCUCCUCCUCUUCCUUUCCCGACUGUUUUUUUUUUUAUUAGACAUUAACAACCUGAAACGCUAUUUCCCCACUCUACUACCACAAUUUAGCUAACCGACUUUGGCUUCCUGGCUGCAAUUACGAUAACCGGCGUGAUCUACGGUUCUGAUCGACUCGCAAACUCACGCUCUUUCCACGUGAUCUAUGGUUAGGGUUUCUUGAUGGUCUCUUCGACACUUGCAUAGAUGGUUUCUUCAGGGAAGUGUAUAACAGAUGAAGUUGGUAGAGAUAAAUUACAAAGCCCAGAUGCUGGAAAUCAUGGAUUGCAACAAAUCUCUGAUAGUAAAGUUCAUUUACCACAAUCCAAUCAAGGGGGAGGAACUCCCUCAAUUAAAUCAGAGAAAGCUCCGCUUACUGAUUCUGGGGUCCAGACCUCAAAAUCAGAGCGAGGAAAUGUUUCCUCUAUGAUAUCCAACAAAACUUCGGUUACUCCAGAUAUGACUCCCUCUCCAUUACCUGGUACAGAAGGGAGCACUCCUAUAAUACGUGAGAAAGCAUCAGAGGAUGGGUAUAACUGGCGUAAAUAUGGUCAAAAACUUGUUAAAGGAAAUGAAUUUGUUCGAAGUUAUUACAAAUGUACACAUCCAAACUGCCUUGUGAAAAAGCAAUUGGAACGUUCACAUGAUGGGAAAAUGGUGGACACUGUUUAUUUUGGUCGGCAUGAUCAUCCAAAGCCACUGAACCUUCCCCUAGCUGUUGGCGUUGUUGUCUCUGUUGUUGAAGAGAAAACUUAUAAUGCUUCUCCAACUGUUGUCAAAGACAAGUCAUCAGAUGCACGUAGCCAAACACCUCGCCAAAUAGAGCCACAAGAUGAUUUUCAGCCUUUAGCUAUUGCUGCCGGUGAAAAUGUGAAAGGUGCUCCUUCAAAAUCAAUCAGGAUACAAAAUGUUGCUGAUAGUGAUGAUGAUCAUGUGAUCUCAAAACGAAGGAAGAAAGAAAAUAGUAAUGCUGAUGCAUCUCCAGUGGAGAAGCAAACCACUGAAUCACGUAUGGUUGUUAAGACUCUGAGUGAGGUUGACAUUGUAAAUGAUGGGUACCGCUGGCGCAAAUAUGGGCAGAAAUUAGUUAAAGGCAAUCCUAAUCCCAGGAGUUACUACAGGUGCUCAAAUCCUGGAUGCCCAGUUAAGAAACAUGUGGAGAGGGCUUCUCAUGAUGUAAAGUUGGUUAUUACUACUUAUGAGGGACGACAUGACCAUGAUAUUCCUCCAACUAGGAAUGUUACUCACAAUACAACUGGAGUAAAUGUUCAUUCAGCAGCUCAUAAUGAUGAAUCUGGCACCAAGGGAGAAAGUGAGCCUGCCUGCGUCGAUAUGGUUGUUCAUUUUAGUUCUGGACUCGAGAAUAAAUCAAGUGAGCAAUUGAAUGGUGAGUCUACACCUAAGUCAGAAGUAAGCGGUGCUGUUUGUGUUGAUGUGGUCGAUGCACCCAUAUCAGGUCCUGAAAGUGGGUCAAAUGAGCAACGGCGUGGGAAGGUGCAACCCAGUAAAGAAAGUAAGGGCGAUGGCAAUGAUAUGAUUGUUCGUAAUAAAUCGAUUUCUCAGAAUACAUCGAAGGAGCAACUGAGUAACAAAUUAGAAACUAAAUCAGAAAAUGAUACGGUUUGCAUUGAUAAGAUGGUCCAUAUCACCCCGCAUCCUGAGUGUAAUUUUGAUGAGCAACGAAUGCCUAGUGCAGAACCUGUCAAAGCUGAACUGGGAUGAAGGUUUAGUUAUGGUCCUAAUGGCAUUGUAUUGAAAUGGAACUGCUCGCGGUGCUGUUGGUUGGGUGUAUCAAUAUUGGGCAAGCCAUCCCCAUGUGUAAAAUUAUUUCAACCGGUAAAUAAUGCGAGAGUAAACAUGAAGUACUA